AUGAUGGACGAGCAGCAAAAGCCCGUGACGACUUUAGUAGUGGAUACAGCGACAGCGACUAUAGAUAAACCAACUGAUAAUAUGCAGGCACUUGCUGUAGUGUCCGAUACGAUGUGUACGACGAGUUUGAGUGGUCGAGUGCGUAAGACGACGCAAAUGUUUACGUUUACACAAGCCAAGAAUGACGAGGCGGAUGAGUUUUUGCCCCCAGUGGGUAAAGGCAUCAAAGUGCGUGAGAUGGAGUUUGUCCGGAACAAUGUCGAGGCCCUUGGAAAAAAGCAGCAAGACAUGAUCAAACAGCUCUAUAGUAUCAUGUUUGGACGUCGUUUUCAGCAGAAAAAUGUGAAAGUGAUUAAGGAGCAUAUUCUGGACUUUUCGGGUGUUAUUGAGCAGGACGAAAAGUCUCGUGAGCAUUUGAUUGCUAAAAUGGGCAAGUGGAAGCUGAUCUUCGUUCACGACGUGAUGGAUUUCUUGGCGAUAGAUCGUUCCAAGAAGUCUUUUGAUGAGGAAGGAAAAUUGUUCAACAAAGAAGGCCUCCUGAAUCGUUUGGUUGAUUGGCUUUACAACCCUCAGAAGACGAAGCUCGGCGAAAAGAAAGCCGUAAUUGCAGCGAAAAAAGUGAAGCAGAAAGCGAACAAGCGAGUGAAAGCCGCAAAAAAGAGCGAAAAUGAACCUGCAAAGAAGAAGCGGAGGACUACAAAGAAGAAGGAUGUUGCUGUAGAGGAAGACGAAGGUGAAAAUGACCAUGAGGCGACGGAGUCUGAGUCGUCUAGCGACUUUGAAGAAUCGAAGAAGCCGAUUGUGAAAAAGAAGAAAGUUACUCGUCGACUAAAAAAGUCGCGCAUCGUAGAAAGCGACAACGACAACGAUGAAAGUGAGAAUGAAAAGAACAGUUCUGCUGAGAAGGACGAGUUGCAGCUUGCUACCGAUCUUCAGGAUGAGGUGGACCUUGUUGAUAAAGAAGAACCCAAGUCCAAGACGGAGGUGUUGGAUGCCGACGUCCGUAGUAAGAUCAGGGAUAUCAUUACUCACGGCAACGCCGAGGAGCUGACGGUGAAGAAGAUUGUUCAGCAGCUAAGCGCUGAUCUGGGUCGCGACAUGACCGCACAGAAGAAGGCGAUCAAGGAGUUCAUUACAAAUGACCAGAUGAAGAUGUAA